CUAGCCGAGCGGGCGGUGCUCCCCGCCGCCGGCCGCCCCUGCUCUCGGCGCCCCGCUAUCCAUGGCUGGCUGGCUGUACUCCUCCCGGUGCGCCCUCCUCCCGCAUCUCGCCAGCCACGGCAAGUUCCCCACAGCCAGCCUCUGCCCCCAGGCCGCCGCGGCAUGGGCUAGACCCCGAGCCGCUUCUUGCCGUCUCCGGUCCAGCCCGUGCGCGGUCUCGCUCCUUUAGCCCUCCUCGCCCGUCCCCGCCGUUCCCCCGACAGUCAGUCCAUCACCCGGUCGGCUUUCCUCCGCGGGGCAGCGGCGGAGUACCAGCGGGCUCGGUAGGAGCGGGCACCCCCAUUCCGCUCCUCCUCCCGCUCCUCCGCGCUCUCACUCGUCGGGUUCCCGGUCCCACACCGAGGGACGCGCCGACCGACGCCCGCUCUCCGCGGCCGUACGACCCGCCUGGGAGCUGGACCCGGCGCCCACUUCUUCGCGGAAGAUUUAUGUUGGGUAAAGGAGGGAAGCGGAAGUUUGAUGACCAUGAAGAUGGGCUGGAAGGCAAAAUCGUGUCCCCCUCCGACGGUCCAUCCAGGGCGUCCUACACCUUACAGCGUCAGACUGUCUUCAACAUUUCCCUUAUGAAACUGUACAACCACAGGCCCCUGACAGAGCCCAGCUUGCAGAAGACUGUCUUAAUUAACAACAUGUUGAGGCGGAUCCAGGAGGAACUCAAGCAGGAAGGCAGCCUGAGGCCUGCGUUCACCCCCACUUCCCAGCCCAGCAACUCACUGGGUGACAGCUGCAGGGAGGCCCCACCUGCCUUCACGCACCCGGCCAUGCCUCCCGCUCACCCCUGUGACCCAGGAAGCGCUGCACCCCUGGAGGCCUGCCUCACCCCUGCCUCCCUGCUAGAGGACGACGACGACACUUUUUGCACUUUGCCGGCUGCGCCGCCCGCGGCUCCUCCCAGACUCUCUCCUCCAGCCCUCCCGCCUGAAAAGGACAGCUUCUCUUCCGCCCUGGACGAGAUCGAGGAGCUCUGCCCCACAUCUACCUCCACAGAGGCUGUCGUGACAUCAGCGGCGCCCGACAGCCCGAAAGGAACCUCCAGUGAGUCUGGCGUCCAGAAGCCUGAGGGGCCGCAGGAAGGCCGCCCGGAUGACUCACGAUUCAUGGACUCGCUGCCUGGGAAUUUUGAAAUCACCACGUCCACAGGUUUCCUGACAGACUUGACCCUGGACGACAUCUUGUUUGCUGACAUUGACACAUCCAUGUAUGAUUUCGACCCCUGCACAUCCACAUCAGGGACAUCCUCCAAAAUGGCCCCCGUGUCAGCUGACGACCUCCUCAAGACCCUGGCCCCCUACAGCAGUCAGCCUGUCGCCCCAAGUCAGCCUUUCAAAAUGGAUCUCACGGAGCUAGACCACAUCAUGGAGGUUCUUGUCGGGUCCUAAGACUGUGCCUAGCCAGGCCCUGCAAGCGUCCCCGCCGCCCUGACAGUUUCUCCGCACUGUGCAUGUACCCUUGCUUGCCUUUUUCAGAGAAAAAGAAAACUUCACAAACGGAUCACACUAGUAUUUUCUUUGAGCAGAGUUGGAGUGCCUUCAUUCGAGUAUGACCACUUUUAAUACACUCUCUGCGUGGGCUCCGCAGAGACCUGCUGCCCUGGCCUAGGAGAGGAGACGUUUGAAGACUGUCGCCAAUGCUGAAAGGUGAACAUGAGCAGUUCAAAUGAAGCACAAGGAUUGCGUUGGAAAAGCUGUAAAUUGCGUGUGCAUAUUUGUCUAUUUUUUCUAUAAGUUUUAUUGCAAGAGGUAAAAAAGAAUAUAUAUCUAUAUUAUUUGGAUAAUCUCAGUACCUUUCCUGGCGUUUUGCCCUGUAUAAGUUGACUUGGCAAUUCCGCCUUUUUAGAGGCAUUAACUACUCGUAAGUGUUGCAUUGACAUGGCUGUUUAGAAAACUGCUGCCCAAAUUUAUUUUCUAUUUUUGUACAGAUUCUGCAGUUUAUGAUAUUGUUUUUCUAAGAACAAAUGCUGUUUAUACCUAUGAGAUAGCUAUUUUGAUAGGAUUUGCUCACGUAGUUCCUGCAAAUGUAAGCUGUACAAGUUGCACUUGUACUUUUAUAGAGUCGUAAUGUUUUAUAUGUGUAUGGUGCAAGAGAAAAUUGGAUCAAAUCAAUCUGCAGUUGAUGUCCCCAAAUGCAAACACACACAGCGCUUUAAUAAAGGGCCAGGUGAUCUGACACCCAAAUUUCACAAGCACCAGCCCUUGGCACGAUCACCCGCCAGUACUGUGACGUCCAAAGCCAGAGCCCUGUCUGCUCAUCAAAGGGGGAGAUGGCUGCGGAUCCUGGGGUUGAUGUGAUGGUCUCCUUAGCUCCCUCUUCUGAGCAGAGGCUAUGGCAUCUUGUGUAAGAGUGUACUCGUGGCCGGCUGUGGUGGUGCACCCCUUUAAUUCCAGCACUUGGGAGGCAGGGGCAGGUGGACUUCUGUGAGUUCCAGCCCAGCCAGAACUCUACAGUGAGAACCCUGUCUCAAGGAUGGGGGAGUAGGAGAAAGACUGUAUUUAUGCCAAGUUUGCUCUUUUAAUUGUUUUUAUUUUAAUUUUAUAAAAUGCAAACCCCAGUCUUACCCCUUGGGCAUAGCUUUUAUGAUGAGACCACAAUUUUACAUAACAAUUUUACAACAAGCAACUGACCUCUUCAUGGAGCUGAGCCCCUACUUCAGUGCUAGGGCUCCUAAAGAAGAAAUUCUCCCCGGAAGGCAUCCAUCCUGCUGCUGAACUGCCUUUCCCAGCGUCCCUUCCCUGCUGGAGCUUUGUUCCCUCUGUUGCUAAGAGCUGCAAAUGGCAUCUUCGUGAUCACCACAGUAAGCUUGCUCACCUCAGCCAUCCGGGAUGCACUCUCUCAACAUCUGUGACCAGAGCCACAGUCCGCCACCUUACGUCCUGGUGUCCAGUCUGGUUGCUUUCUUUAAUCAACUGCUGAUUUAACCACACUUUACAAAGCUGUUAUAUCCAAAUACACAACGGGAAUUUCUGUGCGUGUUUCUGGCCCUCCCGUCUCCUGACCCCCAAAGCGGCUCUUUAUUUCCAGUGAUCCCCCAGUUGUAGUUAUUGUCUCCGUGUAUCAUACCCAUUUGUCUGCCGCCCUCCCUCCUUUCUGUUUGCCUUCCUUUCGCAGUGGUACUUCAGCUAUGGAGUGCAGCUUACAACCUGUAUUGUUAUGCAGACGGCUUCUUUAGGAAUAACUUCUAUAUUUAUUUAAAAAUUUUAAAUUAUGGGAUUUUGUUUUUGUUUUUGUUGUCACUGUUGUCGGUCACCAGUUCUGCUCACUUCUUGCCAUGGAUAAAAUUGGGUCUUUCCGGCCACUUAAAAAGAUAAAUUUGUAAAUGGCACUUUAAACAAGCCAUAGAUAGUUUUACUUUUAUAAUGCACAUGGCAAGCAAAUGUGUUUGUGAUGAAGGAACUGCUCAUCCAGGCAGAAGAUUUGUGUAUGGUGUGAUUAAUACUUUUUUACAUUCUAAUCUCUACCCUUUCCCGUGUGCACGUGAUUGAAGGGCUGCUCCCCAGCUCUGUAGAGCGGUGAGGAUAGCCCAUCGCGCUGCACUGUGCUCCUGCGGGCACCCUCCCCACGGGCCUCUCACCAUCACACACGUGUUUCCUCUGAUGCAGGACUAGGGACCAUAUGGGAAGGUGAGUGUCGUUGAUGCUUCCAAGUGUCGUUGUGCCUGUCCAUUUGAAGAACUUUUCUUCCGGGAAGAAAGCAGGUCGACCCAUCCCAUCCUCUGUGUUUUAGAACUGGAGGAUCCUGUGAACUGGCCACAUGCCACACACAUCUCCAUACAUGUGCUUAGACAUGUGUUCAUUCUUCCCAACAAGAAUGGCACAAAGCAGUUGAUUGCCAUUGUCAAAAACUGAUUUACAGUAACUUAGAACAACUGUACUUUUGUUGGAUUAGCAAAUUGUGUGUUUAAACGAUCCCUUAUGUUGGGCAACAGUUCAGAUAAGCACAGAGACAUGUCCGCCCAGACUCAGUUCUCCGACUCCAGUUCUUCACCAUCACAACACCUUCCCCAGCAGCAGCGGGCACGCGCGUAUUCUCCAGUUGUGCCUGGGAAACCCGAGCAAGCCCAUCAAGAGUUAAGACUGACUUUGUGUCCUAUUUAUAUUAAGUGAUGUCCCAACAGGGAAGAGGUGGAGUCAGAGUGAGAUCAAGUCCCAAUUUGAGUGUGGGAUAUGCUUCCAGAUGCUUCCUGGCAGCAGCGGCUCACCUUCACAAAGACAGUCUUGUGGCACCCAGAGGCGGGCAGACGGCCUGGGGGUGCCGGGGCCUGAGAGGCUGUUAUUGAGGACUGUGAUGUGCAAUGGCAUGGCAAGGUGGGAGCAGACUCCUGAGAGACGUAGAGUGGUGGCUUCCCCAUAACUUAUUUAUUCCUUUGUUUUCCUUUGUAAAUAUAUUUAUUUGACUGUGGCGCUCUAACAACAGCUGGCUGGUUUGGUGCAGAAUGUAUGGUAGGAAUGUAUUUCUCGUAGGAAUGUAAAUCUGUAUUAAGAGGGGGAGCCAAGGCAGCCCCCACCCUGUCUUUGCAUCAGAUACACGGUCGACACUCAUUUUCACCCAUCUCCAGUAUGGGUCGAUUUAAAAUAUGCAAAAGCUGUGGGCGGGGGAUGUUUUAAUACCUCUAAAUUUUUAAGAAUAUCGAGCAUAAAAGGGUUGGUAAUUUUUUAAAGUUUUCUUAGUAGCACUUUGACUUAUCGACAGAAGGGGCAACACACAGGCACCCACCUUCAUACCAAAGGGUGAGGAGUGGCCACAACCUCCCACACCGCUCGAGUGUCCUCAGCAACUGGGCUUUUUAUCGCCAUAGCCCCUUGAAGUGCCCCAACCGUCCUGAGGUCAAUCAAGGAAAAUUUCUUAACGAAGUAAGCUCCAAAGAGCCAAAGUAUCAACUUACGGAUCAUUUUUAAAGCUUAAAUUUAUUAACCACCUUUGCGGUAAACAAUGAAUUAUGAAUACCGCAAGGGCAGCCUUCUUAAAUGACAGACAUAAAAGAGAGACUGCUUCUGCGGCAAUUGUUCCUCUACUUCGUGUGAAUUGUCUUAAUUUUGAAACCUUGCUCUUACAAAUUGGACCUUUAUACAUUUCUGACAACAGCCAAGAGAGAAGAGCAUAUUUGAUUUGUCCUAGCUCUAAGCGGUUAAUCCUGGUGCGGCCCCCGCCCCGGGAUGCCGGCGGGGUGUGCGUCUGCCUGUGUGCGAUUGUUUCCAGUGCUUCCAAGAAUGAGUCUCCAUGGGUCUUGAAGAUUAGCCAGGGUCAAAUGCUCUUGCAGACAAAGCCAAUACAAUUUUUGGACUUCUCUUGGGGAAUUUGGGAGGGAAAAGCAGUCCGUAUGUACAACUGACGUGUUGAACGUGUACAUAGGGACAUGUUGGGGACGUGGAUUCUGAGGAGGGCUUUUUGUCGGAAGUCGGUGUGACCUUUCCCCCACAGACCUGAGAGCUGUGCCUUUUCUAUGCAAUAUUACAGAUGUCACAUCAGAACCCAGAGGGCUGUGUUCAAUGUAGGUUCAUUCAGGCUGUAUUCUGAACAAUUGGACAGAUUAAGUGGACAUGGACAUGAGGUCUUUUGUAGUUUUAUAUUAUACAAUAAACAGUUAAA